AUGGGUUGUGGAUUGAGCGUGGAGGAGAAGGAGGGCAAGGCCCGGAACGAGGAGAUUGAGAACCAGCUGAAGCGCGACCGCAUGCAACAACGAAAUGAGAUCAAGAUGCUCCUUCUGGGUGCUGGUGAAUCCGGAAAGUCGACCAUCUUGAAGCAGAUGAAGCUCAUUCACGAGGGCGGAUACUCGCGCGACGAGCGGGAAUCGUUCAAAGAAAUCAUCUACAGCAAUACCGUACAGUCGAUGCGCGUCAUCCUCGAGGCCAUGGAGUCGCUAGAGCUCCCCUUGGAGGACCAGCGGAUGGAGUACCAUGUGCAGACCAUCUUCAUGCAGCCGGCUCAGAUUGAAGGUGAGGUCCUGCCGCCUGAGGUUGGCAAUGCCAUUGAGGCGUUGUGGAAGGAUCGCGGUGUUCAGGACUGCUUCAAGCGGUCACGCGAGUACCAGUUGAACGACUCCGCCCGAUACUACUUUGACAACAUCACUCGCAUCGCCGCGCCCGAUUACAUGCCCGACGACCAAGACGUGCUGCGAUCGCGUGUCAAGACCACCGGUAUCACCGAGACGACAUUUAUUAUCGGCGACCUGACAUAUCGUAUGUUCGACGUCGGUGGCCAGCGGUCCGAACGGAAGAAGUGGAUCCAUUGUUUUGAGAACGUCACAACGAUUCUCUUCCUGGUCGCUAUUUCCGAGUACGACCAGCUUCUGUUCGAGGACGAGACAGUCAACCGUAUGCAGGAAGCCCUGACGCUGUUCGACUCCAUCUGCAACUCGCGGUGGUUUGUCCGGACAUCCAUCAUUCUUUUCCUCAACAAGAUUGAUCGGUUCAAGGAGAAGCUUCCAGUCAGCCCGAUGAAGAACUACUUCCCCGACUACGAGGGUGGUGAUGACUACGCGGCUGCCUGCGAUUACAUCCUCAACCGCUUCGUCAACCUGAACCAGCACGAGUCCAAGCAGAUCUACACCCAUUUUACUUGCGCCACAGACACGACGCAGAUCCGCUUCGUCAUGGCCGCUGUCAAUGAUAUCAUCAUCCAGGAAAACCUGCGGCUUUGUGGUCUGAUCUAA